AUGUCAGCACAACCCACCAUAACAGCCAUCUCUUUCGAGCAACACGCCAGCGGACGCGGCAUCGGGAUCGCAUCACCCCGCAUCUCAUGGAAAUUCGCCGCUGACAACAACACAAUCCAGAACUGGGAACAGAAAGCCUACGACUUAGAGAUCCGUCAUGGACCAAUCACAGAAGACUAUCACGUUGAAUCCGACAACUCUCUACUCGUCCCCUGGCCCAGCCAGCCCCUCCAGUCUCGCGAGAUAGUUCAAAUUCGCAUUCGCUCGUAUGGUGGCUCCACCACCGAACCAACGGCAUGGUCGAAAUGGAAAACCCUUGAAUGCGGUCUUCUGCAUCGAGAAGACUGGAAAGCUCAUGCCAUCACCUCUCCCACCAAGCAAGUAGUAGAUGGCCCGUUGCGGCCUCUGCGCUUUAGAAAGACAUUCCACGUCCCUUCGACCGAAUUGAAACGUGCCAGAUUGUAUAUUACGAGUCUGGGCGUAUUCCAGGCUUAUAUCAAUGGCGCGCCUGUUGGUGAUCAUUUUCUCGCGCCUGGAUGGACAAGUUAUCACCACCGGCUGAACUAUGAAGUUUUUGAUAUCGCGCCGCUACUCCGCGAGGGGAAGAAUGUCAUUUCAGUCGAGGUUGCGGAAGGGUGGUAUGCUACUCGCCUUGGAUUCCACGGUGGACGACGAUUUAUCUAUGGCGAUGAGAUGGCUUUGAUCGCGCAGGUGGAGAUUGAAUCUGACAGCAGCGAAGAAAUCAUUCUGUCAGAUCUUUCGUGGAAAAGUCAUACCUCGGCACUUAUAUCCAGCGAGAUCUACGACGGCGAGGUAUACGAUACCCGUGAAGAAGAAGGAGAUGACUGGGAUUGGACAACCACAUCCUUCAAAGACGAAACCUGGUCCAGCGUCCGCAAAACCGCAUUCCCAAAGACAAACCUCGUAGCUCCAAAUGCAUCACCCGUCCGCGUAACCCAGACAAUAAACCCAAUCCAAAUAAUCACCACACCAUCAGGAGCAACAAUUGUCGACUUUGGCCAAAAUCUCGUUGGCCGCAUCCACAUCCCCUCCCUCCUCACACCACCAGAUACACGCAUAACACUCACCCACGCAGAAGUCCUCGAAAACAACGAACUAGCAACUCGACCCCUCCGCGACGCAAAAUGCACAGACACAAUUAUUUCCGCGGGCAAGGAACUCAAAAAUUGGAAACCACGCUUCACAUUCCACGGCUUCCGCUACGUGCAAAUAUCAAAUUGGAUUCCGACCUUAUCCAAUAUUCACGCAGAGGUCCUACACACCGACCUCCCCGCAACGGGAACAUUCAAAAGCUCGCACGAAAUGAUAAAUAAACUCCACGAAAACGCUACGUGGAGUAUGCGCGGUAAUUUCCUCUCUAUCCCGACGGAUUGUCCCCAGCGUGACGAGCGUUUGGGUUGGACGGGCGAUAUUCAGAUUUUCGCGCCUUCCGCUUCUUUCUUAUAUAACACUGCCGGAAUGUUGGGGGAUUGGUUGGAAGAUCUCGCUGCUGAACAACUCUCCUCUGCUACCGGGAUCCCGCCAUUCGUGGUGCCAAAUGUUAUUCCGGAAUCGCUUUGGCCGGUUUUUCCCCAGGCUGUUUGGGACGAUGUUACAGUUCUUUUGCCUUGGACGUUAUAUCAGAGUUAUGGGGAUACGGAAAUUCUUCGACGCCAGUAUACGAGUAUGGUUGCUUGGGUUGAUCGGGGUGUUAGACGUGGACCGGAUCGAUUGUGGGAUGAUGAGCUCUUUCAACUUGGCGAUUGGCUUGAUCCUACGGCUCCGCCUGAGCAGCCGGGUAAUUCGAGGACGGAUGGGACGUUUGUUGCGGAUGCUUAUUUGGUGCAUGUUACGAAGGUGUUGGGACUUAUUAGCGGAGUCUUGGAGGAGAGUGAUAAUGCCUCGCGGUAUGAAAGGGAGUAUCGCAGUCUCAAAGCGCGAUUUCAAGAAAAGUAUGUCACGGCGGAGGGGUAUUUGGUUGGUGAUACGCAGACAGCGCUUGCACUGGUGAUAUUCUUCGAUUUACUGGACUCGCCGACGCAAAUUGCCCAUGCGGGAGCGAGACUGGCGAGAUUGGUUCGGAAGGCCAAGUUUCAGGUCUCGACGGGGUUUGCGGGGACGCCGAUUAUUACGCAUGCGCUUUGUAAAGUUGGUUAUGUGCAGUUGGCGUAUCGGAUGUUGUUGGAAAAAACUUGUCCUUCUUGGAUGUUUCCUAUUACGAUGGGUGCCACGACUAUUUGGGAGAGGUGGGAUAGUAUGCGGGCUGAUGGGAGUGUUAAUCCGGGUGAAAUGACGAGCUUUAAUCAUUAUGCGCUUGGGUCGAUAGUUAAUUGGUUGCAUAAGGAUGUUGCUGGUGUGAGCUUGCUCGAACCGGGUUGGAAGAGGGUUCUUGUUAAGCCUUUGCCUGGGGGGUACCGUUACCAGUGCCGAGGUGAGGUAUGA